CGCAGCGUCGUAGUUGGUCAGGAAUUACCGUGGAGAACAGAGUUGCUUGUGAACUUUGUGUUUUGUCUGUGAUUACGUUGCUGUCGCAAAAUAAGUUUGUUUCGGGAAGAGGAAGAUUAAUUUUUCGCCAUCAUGCAGUUCCCUGAUACUACCUCCUUCCCGCAGCAGUACUGCUAUCCGAAUCUGCUGACCAUGCAAAACCAGAACAACAACGCGGCAAUGAUUUCGUUUGCCCCGUACCCGAUUCCUGGAGCUCUCUACAACGGACAGCCGGUGGUGGCGUCCGACGUGCUGCAGAACGUUUUCAAACUGAUGGGCACCGAUUUUUCCAUGCCGGAAUAUCCAAUCAAUGUUUCAACGUGUGAAGCCACGAACGACGGCUGCAUUGGAAAUGAACCAGAAUACAAGGGAAGGACUAAUUUAAUAGUCAAUUAUUUACCACUCGAAUUGUCCCAAGAGGGACUUCGUAGAAUGUUCUCGCCAUUUGGUGCUAUCGUCAGUUGCCGCAUAAUCCGCGAACAUUGCGGAUGGGACGGCGACCGAAGAGUUCUUGGAGGAAGCCUGGGCUAUGGCUUUGUCAACUUCGCGUUUUCAUCUGAUGCGCAGAGGGCCGUGUUGGUGUUGAAUGGCACGAAGCUCCUGGGAAAAACCCUCAAGGUGUCAUUUGCACGUCCGAGUUCGGACGUGAUAAAAAACGCGAACCUCUAUGUCAAGAAUCUCCCGCGCACGAUUACUUCGCAGCAGUUGGAGCAGAUAUUCUCUCCUUUUGGAAACAUUGUCACAACGCGAAUCAUUCUCGACAGGCUAAGC